AUGGCAGAGAAAGAAGGAGGCAUUGUGAAGAACGGACACGAAGAGUCUCUGAAAGCAGCAGUUUCACUUCUGGAAGAAUUCGAACUACCCAAAGGACUACUCCCUCUGGCCGAUAUAAUCGAAAUCGGGUACGUGAAACCAACCGGUUACAUAUGGAUUCUGCAGAAGAAGAAAGUGGAGCAUAAGUUCAAUCUGAUAAGCAAGCUUGUGAGCUAUGACACUGAGAUAACAGGUUUCAUUUCAAAGAAAAAGAUCAAGAAACUUAAAGGAGUGAAGGCGAAAGAACUCAUGUUAUGGCCUCCGGUUAACGAGAUUACGGCCGAUGAACAACCAACUGGAAAGAUUCAUUUCAAGAGUCUUGCUGGUAUUACCAAGACUUUCCCUGUUGAAGCUUUUGCUGCUGGCCAGUAA